GCUUUACACCCCCUGGGAUGGAUAGGUCAUCUCCAGACAACAGUCCAGUCCAUGGCCUUUUACGUCAACCCUCCAUUACAACAGGAGCCAACAUCCCUAUUAUAACAGAGUUAGUAAAUGAUUCAAAUGUUCAGUUCUUGGACCAAGAUGAUGAUGAUGAUCCAGACACAGAACUGUAUCUCACGCAGCCAUUUGCAUGUGGAACCGCAUUUGCUGUCAGUGUAUUGGACUCUCUCAUGAGCGCAACAUACUUCAAUGACAAUAUCCUCACACUGAUACGGACAUUGGUAACAGGAGGAGCCACACCAGAGCUGGAAGCACUGAUUGCUGAGGAAAAUGCAUUGAGAGGAGGUUACAGCACGCCCCAGACACUUGCAAACAGGGACAGGUGUCGAGUUGCUCAGUUGGCUUUGUAUGAUGGGCCAUUUGCAGACCUAGGGGAUGGAGGUUGUUAUGGAGAUCUAUUUUGUAAAGCAUUGAAAACAUACAAUAUGCUUUGCUUUGGAAUUUAUCGAUUAAGGGAUGCACAUCUAAGUACUCCCAGCCAAUGCACUAAACGUUAUGUUAUCACAAACCCGCCAUAUGAAUUUGAGCUUGUGCCGACAGACUUGAUCUUCUGUUUGAUGCAAUUUGACCACAAUGCUGGCCAGUCUCGGGCCAGUCUUUCUCAUUCCUCCCAUUCCUCCUAUUCUUCCAGCAAGAAGAGCUCAUCAGUUCACUCCAUCCCAUCAACAGCAAACCGACCGAAUCGCACCAAGACCAGGGAUUCACGGGAAAAACAGAAGUAUGUGCAGGAAGAUAGACUUUGAUACGUGUACCUGCUCCCACUGUGUGUGAAACUUGCAUUCACCACCCAUUCUCCCCAGUUAAUGUUUCCAGCAGUAAUGUUCCCCAUUUUCCCAUGGAGUUCUCCCCUUUUUGUACACAUAUUUUGCAUAUGUAUGACAGUGUGCAUGUGAUUGUCAUUUUUAUUUCACCACCAUAAAACCCUUAAGCACAACAGCAACAAAGCAGACGGACCAAAAGUUAUUUAUGAUGCUAGGGGAGAAAAAAAUUUCUAAACCCAUAGGCACACUGAAAACAUAAAUAACUCACUGCAGUUACUCUACAUAUGAGAAAAUAGAGUGUAUUUAACAUGAACACUUGCUCUUGGUGUCAGAGUCACACAAAGAAAGUAAUUUAGUGCAGAAGUGUUGAUGUAUGUUUCAGUAGGUUUUUUUAUAUUCAUAUUUACAGGAGUUGCUAAAUUUAUUUAAAGCUUAUAAAACUAACCCAUUGGGAAAAGAAAAAUCCCUACUGACUUUUCACUCUUAAAGCUUAUAUUGUAUAGGGCUUACACUCGUAUAGAUAAUUGCUACGCACCUGCUUUAUACAGAAGCAACAUCAGGGACUUUCCUGCUUAUUUAAGGACUUUCUCUAAAAUAGUAGCCUUUUGGAGAUAGCGUCUUUUCCCUUUAACACUGAAAUUGUCUGGUCAUGGAGUUGUAAAACUCCAAUGGUUUAAUUUAAGUUUAGAAAGAAUCUAAUUGCAUAUUAAAUUAUUAUUCUGUCUAUUUAUACUGCCACAUGAAUAGCUAUAUUUUCUUUCACUUUUGACAUUUAGGAUAAAAAGCCAUAUGUAUCAUAAAUAUUGGAUGUAAGUCAUUAAAAACUGCCUUCCUGGGACUUUUACGUCUUUAAAAGGUGAAUUAGUCACCUUAUGUACAGAAUAAAUAAUGUUCAGAAAAGAGCAAGCAUUUUUCUAUGCUUAAGUAUCAGAUCUCAAGUGACUUUGUUCCUUUCCCCAGAUGGUAGUUUAACUUUUCCAAGAUAGAGUGGUGAUAUAAAUCUUCCAACAAGAGUCCUAAUAUGUGAAGAACCUCUAGAAAUCCUGCUCCAUGUUCUAGCUGGUUCAUUUCAACAGGUGCAUGCCAGUACGGAGGAAGACAGGGGAAGACAACUGAGUGCCUUUAAGGUCUUUCCCAUUUGGGAAGAAAAAUCACUGUGUCCUAGAGAGCUAAUGAGCAAAGCAAGCGGGCUGGGGAGGAAAUAUUUGCUGUGCUGAGGCAUCAUGUUCUAGACACUUGCUAGAAUUUGGUUCUUGCAGAUUCUCUGCAAUGACACACCUAGACAAACAAAAACUGUGGCAGGGAAUUAAAUUCAGUAGUGAACAGGAACCUAUUCUAGAUAAGCAUAGAAAUGAUACUUCAAGCUUGUUUUUAGAAUUUCAAAUUCCAGCCUUCUGAAAUACAGAACUGUGUCUAGCUGGUAUGAAGAGUUUCCCAGGGUAGGGAGGCCAGAAACAUGUGCCACAUUCCCCGGCCACCCAGCAAGAAAGCAUGCAGACAGGGAAUAAAUACUUGGAUGUGGGCAUGAUUAGCAUUUUAACUGCCAACCCAGACAAGGUGCUUUUAUGGUUAGUGUUGUUUUCUACCCUUCCCUUCCCAAGCAUGAUAAUUCUGAAGAUUUGCUUGCUGUGUGAAUUGACAAUGAAGCCAAGCACUUUUACUGACAAAACCUGGAACCAUAUUAAGUGGGCUGCAGAGAGCACCACUGUGCAGUGUUAAGCAUAAUGA